AUGGACACCAAGCUUAAAGCUGCAAUCCUGAUCGUAUCAGACACAGCCUCGGAGAACCCCGCAUCCGACAAGGUCUUGGAUGCACUUGCGCCGAUUUUGGCCGCCGAGGGGCAGUGGGAAACCCCCGCAUUCAAGAUCGUCCCGGAUAACGUACUCCAGAUCCAGCGAUCCGUCUGUGAUUGGAGUGAUGGUCCUGAUUGGUAUAACCUCAUUCUUCUUAGCGGAGGAACAGGGUUCGCAAUCAAGGAUAACACCCCUGAAGCAGUAUCUCCCCUAAUUCAUCGCCAUGCAUCUGGUCUAGUACACGGCAUGAUUGCUGCAUCCUUGAAAGUGACUCCCUUUGCCAUGAUGGCUAGACCGGUUGCUGGUGUGCGUGAUAAAACUUUGAUAAUUACUUUACCUGGCUCACCUAAAGGAGCAAUGGAGAACCUCGACGCCGUUGUAAGACUUCUGCCGCAUGCCUGUUUACAGGCCGCUGGUGCCAAUUCUCGGAACCUUCAUGCUGGAGGUAUCAAGAAGCUGGAAUCAGAAGCUGGUAUUGGUGAUCAUCAGCAGCACCACCAUCAUCACCACCAUCACCAUGCCCAUGAUCAUGGACAUGGACACAAGGUUCCCAAAGCACACACAUCGCCGUCAGAGAGGCCACAGUCCAACGAUCCAAGCGCAGGCCCUAACCGGCGCUACCGCUCCUCGCCGUACCCAAUGCUUUCCGUAGAGGAGGCACUUCGCCUGAUCAAUGAGCAUACUCCGGAGCCAGAGGUUGUCGAAGUUCCAGUGACCACUUCCUUGAUUGGCUCGGUCGUCGCGGAAGACGUCUAUGCCGCAGAAUCUGUACCGGCGUAUCGGGCUAGUACCGUUGAUGGAUACGCAGUCAUUGCACCAGAACCCAACACCACUGGUCCCUCCACAAAGGGAAUCUUCCCUGUAGCAUCUAUCACCCACGCCAAUGUCGGCGGAAACUUGCAGCCUUUGCAGCCGGGAACCAUUGCUAGAAUCACCACUGGUGCCCCUCUCCCCCCGAACGCGAAUGCUGUAGUCAUGGUCGAAGACACGACAUUGGACUCGUGCACACCUGAUGGCAAAGAAGAAGCGACAAUCGAAAUCCUCACCGGAGAUGUCCAACCCGGCGAGAAUGUCCGCGAGCCUGGCAGCGAUGUCACGCUAGGGUCCAAGAUUCUUGCUAGCGGCGACCUAAUCACCCCCGUCGGCGGAGAGAUAGGACUACUCGCUUCGACCGGCACCAAGACCGUCAAGAUUUUCCGGAAACCACGCGUAGGCGUCCUAAGCACAGGCGAUGAGCUCGUGGAGCACAGCGAUCCGCGAACCCUCACAGGCGGCCAAAUCCGCGACUCGAAUCGCCCAUCCAUCAUCUCCUGUCUGAACUCAUGGGGUUUCGAAACAGUCGACCUAGGUAUCGCCCGAGACACACCAGCAAGCGAGCUCGAGCACGCUCUCCGCGACUCUCUCCGCGGCGUAGGCCGAGCCUCAGCCAGCGUCGAUGUGAUAAUCACAACAGGCGGCGUGUCAAUGGGCGAGCUCGAUCUCCUCAAGCCGACCAUCGAACGAUCCCUCGGCGGAACGAUCCACUUCGGCCGGGUUUCCAUGAAGCCCGGCAAGCCCACCACCUUCGCAACAAUCCCCUUUAAACCAACCGGCGACGACACUCAACAAGAGCGCCAAUCAAAGCUCAUCUUCUCUCUCCCCGGUAACCCGGCCUCGGCCCUCGUCACCCUUAACCUAUUCGUCCUGCCCUCGUUGCACAAGCUCACGGGCCUGGGCCAUAGCUCACAGGCCCUAGCAUUUAAGCCUUGGCUUGCGCCGCAGCUCGGUCUUCCGCGCGUUGCUGUCGUCCUGACACAUCACUUCCCGCUUGAUCACAAGCGUACGGAAUACCAUCGUGCCGUGGUGACGGCGUCGCGCUCGGAUGGCCGGUUGUAUGCGACGAGUACGGGCGUUGAGGACGUGGGGCAGCGGUCUUCCAAGGUGGGGAGUCUUGCUAAGGCGAAUGCGCUGGUGGUGCUGCGACCUGGAAGGGGUGUCUGCAUUAAGGGUGAGAUUGUUGAGGCUUUGUUGAUGGGGGAUGUGCAUGGUUCGGAUACCAGGCUCAGUUGUUAG